AUGUCGUGCGACGUCGGUUUGUACGGCCUGGCCGUCAUGGGCCUCAAUCUGUCGCUCAAUAUGGCGAGCAGGGGGUUCAAGGUCUGCGUGUGCAACCGGACGCCGAGCAAGAUCAUCGUCGCUGUCCAGAAGGCGGAGGAACAAAAUGUGAAGAACUACAUAGGGAUCGAGUCCAUUACUGAAUUCGUUGCUGCGCUUAAGCGGCCGAGGAGAAUCGUCAUGAUGGUUCAAUCUGGUGCUCCAGUGGAUGCACUUAUCGAGCAGUUCUUACCUCUCCUGGAAAAAGGCGACUGUUUAGUCGACGGUGGCAACGAGUUCUUCGAGAACACGGAGCGCCGUGAACGUCUGUGUGCAGCUCAAGGCGUUCUAUAUAUGGGCCUGGGCGUCAGCGGUGGCGAGGUAGGAGCGCGUCAUGGACCGUCUUUGAUGCCUGGAGGCAGCCCCGAAGCGUGGGAGCUCAUGAAGCCGAUUCUCGUUCAGAUAGCCGCGAAAAUUGAUCCGAGCGGGGCGACUCCGUCCCCAGGCGCUACAACCUUCACACAGGCAGAACUGGAGAAUGCGUGUGUAACGCACAUCGGGCCAGGCGGGGCUGGAAACUACGUGAAGAUGGUCCACAAUGGCAUUGAGUACGGCGACAUGCAGCUGAUUGCAGAGGCUUACUAUAUGUUGAAGUAUCUUUGUGGACAGUCAAAUAAGCAACUGCAAGCAACCUUCACCGAAUGGAAUAGAGGUGAACUGAACUCGUAUCUCGUCGAAUUGACGAGCAAGAUCUUCGCAAAGAAAGACUCCCUCUCUGACGCGUAUCUAGUAGACCAGAUUCUUGACGCAGCUGGCUCUAAGGGGACAGGAAAGUGGACUGUUCAGCAGGCUGCCGAUGCAGGAGUUGCGGUGCCGACGAUUGCUGCUGCCUUGGACAUGCGAUACAUCAGUGACGAUGUCGCGCUGCGAAAGAAAAUGGCGAGUGUCUACGCGAAGUCAUGGCCAGCACCCUCGCAGACCGCAUCGGCCAGCGCAGAUUUGGCGCGUGACGCGGCGAGGGCCCUGAUGUGCGGGAAGAUUUGCUGCUACGCACAGGGCAUGCAGCUCCUUGCUGUCGUCUCAGAGAAAAGAGGGUGGCAACUCAACCUGGCGGAGAUUUCACGAAUAUGGAAAGGUGGAUGCAUCAUCCGAGCUGCUUUCCUCGACACGAUGAGGAAAGCCUUUUCGGCGAAUCCCUCGCUCAAGAACCUCCUUCUAGACCCACAAAUCGCGCAGACUGUUGUCGCGGGUCUGCCCUCGCUGAAACGUGUGGUUGCAACGUCGCUCUGUACCUCACCGCCCGUUAGGCAGGAAGACUUCCCCAUUCAUCUCUCCGUCCCUUGUCAUUCAUCAAGCUAUUUCUACCUUGCGGCAAACGCAACUGCUAAACUGCCGUUGAAUUUGGUUCAAGCUCAACGAGACGCGUUCGGCGCACAUACGUUCAAGCGCAUUGAUCGCGAGGGUGUCUUUCACGAGGAGAACUGGGCGACUGACGUCUGA